AUGCCGCUGAGCAUCAGUAAACAUCCUUUUGCAGAGGACAUCACGUCAGAUGAAGAGCUGAGUGAAGUCAGUGCUAUGGUCCAGGGAAGACAAGACAAGACAGAGAGGAGAGUCAGGGGCCAGAGUGCAGAGAGGACGUUACUGCAGAGAAGAGGAAAACAGGUUCAGACUAGCGGUCUUACCAGAGAGGAGGUUGAGAGGAAAAGCUAUGUGGGAAUGGUCAGUGGGAUUGGUGGGCAGCUGGAGCUCAAAGACGAGCGCAAACUUGGAGUGGAAGGAUUGGCAGACCCAGAACCAGCCAUCACUGUUGUCACUCAAAUCUUUCCAUCUGAGCCAGUCUAUCCAGGAGACUCUGUGGCUCUCCAGUGUUCACUCCUCUCUGACUCGGAGAACAAAGCCUGUCCAGCAGAACACAAUGUGUUCUGGUUCAGAGCCGGAUCAGAUGAGUCUCAUCCCAGGAUCAUUUACACUCAUGGAAACAGGAGCUAUGGAUGUGAGAAGAGUCCUGAGGCUGGCUCUCCUCCACAGAGCUGUGUCUACAACUUCUCCAAGAACAGCAUCUGCUCCUCUGAUGCUGGGACUUACUACUGUGCUGUGGCCACAUGUGGGGAGAUCCUGUUUGGAAAUGCAACUAAACUGGACAUCGAAGCCACCAGUAGGCCUAUGUCAUUUGAGGAUGAAGAAAAGACUCGGCAUAUACUUCUGUCACUGCUGUCUGCUGCAUUGGUCAUAUGUCUGAUUGUUAUCACCUUCCUCAUCUACACCAUCAAGAGACAAACACACAAUUGGUGUAACGGCUCCAUUCCCCUGCAAACAAUUUCCGCAACAACCAGCAGUGAUCAGCAAAGCCAGCAGAGAGAUGAGGACACAUUGGUUUAUUCUUCAGUAACGUUUACCAAGAGAGAAGCUGGAAAUAGUCAAACAAGGGAUGCAAAAACAGCAGAGGGGGAGACCAUCUACGCCGAUGUCAGGGCUUUUGGAUGGGAUUAGCAGCCCAAAUGCUCUGGACUGAUUCAUUGUUUCUAUGAUGCACUGUAACUUGCACCUGUGUUUCAGUGCUCUCAUAUUUUCCUUGAGGUGACACAAAAA